CUCACGUAGUUUAUUGUGCGGGAAAGAAACACAGUCGGUAGACUGGAGCCUUUGUAAAAACGUGCAGGUACUGCAGGAUGAAUUAAUUAUCUGGAUGCUGGGCAAGAGCAAAAGGACAUGAAACAUCUCUUCUUGACAUUCUGCAAUGUACAUAAUGUCGAGAUUGCAGAGUGUUCUGCAGUGGAUAAUAUGGGCUGUUAGGCCAGUCUGCUAAUAGAGGCUUGCAUUACAUGGUGGUGACCCAGAAAAGGAUAGCCUUGGAAACCAACUUCGGCGACUAUGAAAGUUCCUGUCAGUGCUUUGUACGAAAAGCUUUUGUGUUUGCUUCCUCAUCAUGGACUUCUUGGUUCACUCUUAAAUCCUUGUCCUCGUCUGCUAAGACAAUAUUCCUGUUCUAAGACAGAACUGGUUACAGCUACUGAUUUGAUCAGCUAUUGGAAAGAUGUGUUCGAAGCAAAUGAGAUCCCUGAAGCUCAGGCAUCUUCUGAAUAUAUUGUUUCCCAUGUCCUGGGAGCAAAAACAUUUCAGAGUUUGAAUGCCAGCAAUAUUGCAAGGUAUUUCACUCUCCUGUUUAGAGAGCAGAGUCUGUGCCCUAAACGGAUCUCAAAAAUGCCUGUCCAAUAUGUCCUUGGUGAGUGGGAUUUCCAGGACCUGACACUCAAGAUGAAACCCCCAGUUUUCAUUCCCCGGCCAGAGACAGAGGAACUAGUUUCCCUUGUUCUGAAGGAUAAAUACAAGAAGAAGAAAUUGUCUUCAGCAUGCUGCAGGGACAUCUGGCAGCCCCCAGAUCCUCUUGGGCCUGUGAUUUUGGAGAUUGGCUGUGGAUCAGGAGCCAUUGCGUUGAGUCUCCUGAGAAAGCUGCCCCAGAGCCGGGCAAUUGCCAUAGAUAAAUUAGAAACUGCUGUGAAUCUCACAAAGGAAAAUGCUGAAAGGUUACAGCUGCAAAAGAGGAUUAAAAUUCUUCAUCAUGAUGUCUUUUCAAGUUCGUGGGAAUGUUUGCUGCACUGGGGUUUGGUAGACAUUAUAAUCAGUAAUCCACCUUACGUUUUCCAUGAAGACAUGAGUCACUUGGCACCAGAGAUCCUUCGCUAUGAGGACCUUGGCGCCCUGGAAGGUGGGCAUGAUGGGAUGACUAUUAUUAAAGAAAUUCUGAACCUCGCUCCUUACAUCCUUAAAGAUUUUGGGAGCAUGUUUCUGGAAGUUGACCCCAGGCACCCAAAGAUGGUCAAGAAUUGGCUGCACAGUCACCCGGAUUUAUCCCUCUUUGUGUCUGCCACCCACAAGGACUUUUGUGGAAAGCCAAGAUUUUUGCAUAUCCAAAAAUAUAAAAGAAGGUCAUGAAUAGUUCUGCCUUCCCAGGAUUCCUGUCUUGCAAGAAGAGUCCUUUGUGUAGUGUUCGGUGCUGGAACAGGCAUUUGAGCCUCUGUUUCACUUUCUGGGACUUGUUACCAGGGUGUAUUUUCACCAGUUCCUUCAUGAUGAAGAAGUCAUGUGCUACCUCACCUACUACUGAUUGACGUUGCAUUCUUGGGAUGACAAUGCCUUGCCAGUAAUGGAUACUAGACAAGAAAGUUUCAGACAAACUAUAAAUUAUCACACUUCUGUUUUUAGCCUAGCUGCAUCCAUUUUUUGGCAUUGAAUUUUACCAACAAGUGCUUUACAUCAGGAGGCAGUGUAGGUGAUAAAUCUUCUAAAUUCGACCAGGCAGAACAUCAUACAUGAAUCCUGCUCUGCUCUGCCUGAUCCACAAAACUACAUGCUAAUACAAGCCUUAUGAAAAAUGAAUGUUAACAUGGGAUGAAGAACUACACUUUGCAUUGACAAAACUGGCUUUGUUAAGAAGGGGAAGUGUUCAUAAGUGCAAACCUAAAAGCAGGCUACAGUUACCACCUUCCUGACUUGAUUUCUGUUUAAUUUAAGAAGGCUGGAAGAAAGCUUGUUUCUGCUCAUCUUUUAGAGUUCCCAGUGUUGCAAAUGCUACCAGAAAUACAUGUUCAUGACAAGAUGAACCGUUCAGGUAACCACAGUGGUUGUGUGACAUGUGGUAUCAAAAGUGUGUGUGAUCCAAAAAAGCAUGCCUGUCUUGGAUUUCUUUGGAAUGUGGGGGUGCAACUCUUUGGACUGUGGAGUUCAGCCCCUUAAGCUGGCAAAGUGCCUCGGGCCCACCCCUACAGAGCUUGGGUGUUCAGACCGUUAACACGUAAGAAUUGUUGUAUCAGAAUGUAUAUGUAUCUCUCUAUGAAUUGUUUUGAUCACUGUGAAUUUGAAUUAAACUUAGUUCAAGCCCAAAUUCAGCAAUCUUGGGACAGUUUUAU